CAGAUCGGUUGGCCAGAGAAAACAGUUCGCGCGUGCGCGUUUCAGCUAGCUCACAAAGCCGUAGAGUAGACUUCCAUCCAUACACAAAGCAAACGAUAACAAGUGCGAAUGAUCCUGGACUCAGCAAAGGAUAACACAUGCCACAAGUGACAUAAGACACACAGCUCGAUCAUCAAAAGUGUUUUGCAAGUGAAGCUAUUUUCUUAGGGGGGAGCCCAUCGGCUGUAGAUCGACGUAAUCGUUACGCUUAGGUGCUAGCAACGGUUGCAUUGCCAAUUUAACGAGUGAGUGUUGUGCGUGUGUCUGUGUGCGAGAGCCUCUCUCUCUCUCUCUCUGUGUCUCUGGCUCUGUCUCUGUCUCCCUGUCUCUCCCUCCCUCUCUCUCGCACUCUCUUUCUCUCUCUCCGGCUGUCUGGCUCGCCGUUGAACACCAAAUGUGGCCGAAUAGUCGCGCGUGCCGCUGGGGCUCAUGGCCAACGGCGCUGCUGUUGCACAGCCUGGUGGCACUUCUGGUCUGCGGCAGCGCCGACGCCUUCACAAUACUCUCGCCCUUCAGCUACAGCUCGCUGAGCUUCAAGAAUCUGUUGAACAGCGUCUUCCUCUCGAGCAACGCCAAUUUGGCUGGCGGCGGACGCAACCUCAAAUCUGAUGUGCUCGAAGAUGCUUCGCUGAUAACGCCGAAAUUAAUACGCAAAUACGGAUAUCCGUCGGAGACGCACACAGUGGUUACCAAGGAUGGAUACAUACUGGAAAUGCAUCGCAUACCAAAGAAGGGUGCCCAGCCGGUGCUGCUCAUGCACGGCAUUCUGGAUACCUCAGCGACGUGGGUGCUAAUGGGACCCAAGUCGGGCCUGGGCUACAUGCUCUCCGAUCUGGGCUAUGAUGUCUGGAUGGGUAAUUCGCGCGGCAAUCGCUACUCGAAGAACCACACCAGCCUCAACAGCGACUACCAGGAGUUCUGGGACUUUACGUUCCACGAGAUGGGCAAAUACGAUCUGCCGGCCAAUAUUGACUAUAUACUCAGCAAGACGGGCUACGAGCAGCUCCAUUACAUUGGGCACUCGCAGGGCACGGCCAUAUUCUGGGUGCUGUGCUCCGAGCAGCCCGCCUACUCGCAGAAAAUCACCUCGAUGCACGCCCUGGCGCCCAUCGCCUACAUCCACGACAUGAAGAGUCCGCUGUUUCGCACCCUCGUAUUAUUUCUCGACUUCCUAACGGCAGCGACGCGAAUGCUGCGCAUCACGGAAUUCAUGCCCAACACGAAAUUUCUGGUGGACCACAGCCAGGUUGUGUGCCACGACAAUGCCAUGACGCAGGAUGUCUGCUCGAAUAUCCUGUUUUUGGUCGCCGGCUACAAUUCCGAACAGCUCAACAAGACUAUGCUGCCCGUCAUGCUAAGCCACACGCCUUCCGGUGCCUCGAUCAAGCAGCUGGAGCACUUUGGGCAGCUGAUGAAGUCGGGCCACUUCCGCAAGUUCGAUCGGGGCUAUUUGAGGAAUCAGCUGGAAUACAAUCGCAUGACGCCGCCCGACUACGAUCUGUCCCGUGUCAAGGUGCCGGUGGCGCUGUACUACUCGGUCAACGAUCUGCUCGUAUCGACGACGGGUGUCGAUCGGCUGGCCAGGGAGCUGCCGAACGUGAUAGACAAGUAUCUGGUGCCGAUGGAGCGCUUCAAUCACUUGGACUUCCUGUGGGCCAUCGACGUGAAGCCGCUGGUCUACAAUCGGCUGGUGCGGAACAUACGACGCGUGGAGAAUCAACGGGCCAAGCUGACAGCCAAUUUGGCCAGCUUCCUGGCCAUGCAGCUGCAGCGUCAGCAGCAGCUCCAGAAUCAAAUACAAAUGCAGACUCAGCUACACUCAGCCUUGCCGCCCAAUGUUCACUUGCCACAUCGCAUCGACCAGGACUUCAUGAUGCCAACUGCGACUGCAAUGCCGCUAACAACAACAACAACAACAACGACGACGGCAGCAACGAUGACAAUAAUAACGACAACACCCACAACGACGACAGCGACGACACAGGAAACGGCAACCACAGCAGCAGAGGAUGUGAUGGAGCCAACAACAACAGCAACAACAACAUUUCCAUUCGAGUUCGCCGCGUGAUUUGUCCUCUGCUCCAGGCUCAAGGGCAAGGUUCUAUAACUUGUGUAAUUUCAUUUGACUGUGAUGACAUUUUAACAAUUUACGCUCUGAUCCCA